AUGGAAAGUGAGAAUCAGACAUUAGUGACAGAAUUUCUCAUCCUGGGUUUAACAGACGAUCCGCAACUGCAGCCCGUUCUCUUCCUGUUGUUCCUGGUGAUCUACUUCCUGACAGUGUUGGGCAACGUCACGAUUGUGGUCGUUACCUGCCUUGAUUCAAGACUCCGCACGCCCAUGUAUUUUUUUCUCAGCAAUCUGUCCUUCCUAGAUGUGUGCUACACUUCAGUGACGGUCCCGAGGAUGCUGCUAAACCUCCUGUCCCAGUUCAAAACCAUUUCCUACUCAGCUUGUAUUUCCCAAUUAUAUUUUUUCAUAGUAUUUGCUGGCACCGAAUGUUUUUUGCUGACAGCCAUGGCUUACGAUCGGUAUCUGGCUGUCUGCAAGCCACUGCGCUACCCUGUCCUUAUGGAUAACAGACGUCUCCUUCUGUUGGCAGCAGCUGCCUGGGGAACGGGAAUCUUCAAUGCCACAUCACACAUCUCCUUUACUGUCAGGUUGGUAUUCUGUGGGCCCAAUGAAAUCGACCAUUUCUUCUGCGACAUUCGGGAGCUCUUGAAGUUGGCUUGCAGCAGCACACGGGACAACCAACUGGAAAUAUUCCUGGUGGGAGGGACAUUGAGGAUCACCUCCUUCUGCUUAACUCUUGGGUCCUACAUCCUCAUCAUCAUCACCAUCCUAAAGAUCCACUCUGCAGAAAGCAGGAGGAAAACCUUCUCCACUUGUGCCUCCCACCUUACCGUGGUGGUCCUCUACUAUGGGACCCUGAACUUCGUGUAUGGACGACAGACAACCGGGAAUGCCCUGGAUGUGAGCAAAACAAUGAGCGUCAUGUUCAGCGUGGUGAUUCCGAUGCUGAACCCGCUCAUUUACACACUGAGGAAUCAGCAGGUGAAGGGGGCCAUCGGAAACUUCUGGACAACUAGAUGUUGCUUGCUAAAACCCCCGCUCAGUGCAGGUUGA